AUGGCCUGGGAACAUCUGAGCGUCGACAAGCCGCACUUGGUCUACAUCAUCCUCGGCGGCUUUACCAGUCUGUUCAUGCUAUGUUCGUCCCUCAUCAAAGAAAAACUAUACAUCGGCGAGGCCACCGUCGCCACCAUCUGUGGUAUCAUCUUCGGUCCACAUGCUGCCAAUCUCAUCGAUCCUAGCACAUGGGGAAAUGAGGAUCGCAUCACUCUAGAGUUCUCCCGCAUCGUUCUCGUCGUCCAAUGUUUCGCCGUAGGAGUUGAACUGCCAAAGUUCUACAUGGAGCGCCAUUGGCGAUCCGUCACUCUUCUCCUCAUCCCCGUCAUGACUUUCGGAUGGCUCGUGACCAGUCUGUUCAUGUGGGCCCUCAUUCCACCACUCAACUGGCUGGACAGUCUUUGCUGUGCUGCUUGUGUCACUGCUACUGAUCCUGUUCUUGCUUCCUCAGUCGUUGGUAAAGGCAAGUUCGCCCAGAGAGUCCCCAAGCAUUUGAGAGAUUUGCUGUCUGCUGAGUCCGGCUGCAACGACGGCAUGGCCUUUCCCUUCAUUUACCUGGCCAUCUACAUUAUCCGCUACCACCAUCAUCCCAACGAGGUUGCUCUCGAGUGGUUCUGCGUUUCGAUCUUGUACGAGUGUGUUNUUGGUGCUAUCUACGGUGUUGUUGUUGGAUACAUCGCCCGCCAUGCCGUCAGAUUUGCACACGAACGUAAUUUGAUCGAUCGUGAAUCUUUCCUGGUCUUCUACUUCGUCCUGGCUCUGUUCUGUGCUGGUUCUGGCUCUAUCUUGGGCAUAGAUGAUCUGCUCGUUGGUUUCGCUUGUGGAGUUGGCUUCAGUAACGAUGGUUGGUUCACCGAGAAGACUGAAGAGUCUCAUGUCUCCAACGUCAUCGAUUUGCUCAUCAACCUGGCCUUCUUCGUCUAUUUUGGUACCAUCAUUCCCUGGGCCCAAUUCGACUCUGCCGUCAUUGGUUUGAGUGCUUGGAGACUGGUCGUCCUUGCAAUUCUGGUCCUUCUGUUCCGUCGUAUACCUAUCAUGCUUGCGCUGAAACCGAUCAUACCCGAUAUUAAGACUUGGAGAGAGGCGCUUUUCGCUGGGCACUUCGGUCCUAUUGGUGUCGGUGCAAUCUUUGUAGCCAUCUUGGCUAGAGCCGAGCUCGAAACCGAGACUACAACACCACUCGGCGAACUGCCCGAGCCUGGGUUUGAACAUCUUAACAUCAUUGAACUCAUUUGGCCCAUCACAACCUUCCUGGUCAUCACUUCAAUUCUUGUUCACGGAUCCUCAAUUGCUGUCUUUACCCUUGGAAAGCACAUCAACACACUUACUCUGACAAUGUCCUACACUCAAGGUAACGAUCAAUCGUGGAUGGACAGACUUCCUCGUAUCCAGUCGCGUUCCAAGACGUCCAUGUCUCAACAAAGACCUGAUGAUACGGACGAGUCACUCGAAGAGAAGGGCGAAUAUGGUGCUUUCCCUCCUAACUUCCUUCGUCGCCAACGCGAAGAUGACACUCCUGCUCGCCCACUGAGCAGACGUCGGUCGCGAAAGUCUCAAUAUGGUGCUGGAGGCCCUAUCAGUCAAUCAGCUAUCAGACCUCAACGCACUGACAGCGAGAAGCUUGAGGAAUCCACUUCUCGUAGCGAGUCUGAUGCUUCGCCCAAUACUGCCAACGGCAAACCACCACUGGGUCCUUCUAAGCGCGACGAUGACGAGCCUGAUCAACCUGGUGAGCCUGAAGGUGAGGUCUACGAAGAAGGUGGUGAGACUGUCUACGAAGACGAAGAAGGCAACGUUCUCGCUGUCAAGAAGACCCAUGCAGGCGACACAGACGCACAACGAGAAGAGCGUGAGAGAAAUGAGCUCAAUAAGUUGAUGCACGACCAAGAUAUCCAUCAUGGUGUUGCUCGUAGAAAGGACAAUCACGCUGAAGACGAAGAUGGGGCGGUGAUGCACGAGUUCAAGAAGGAUAUCGAACACCCUCAGAGGGAAUGGCGUAAGAAGAUGGCCCACCUCGGAGGCCUUCGUAAGAAGGAGGACCACGCCGACAAGCCUACACCUAAAAAGCCAGCCCCCAAGCGAGGACCUGCACGUGCUUACCAGUUCGGUAACACUAUCAUCGUGGAGGACGAAGACGGUGAAGUCUUGAAGAAGUACGACAUUGAAGCUCCGCCUAAGAAACCGAAGCAGGCAAAGGAGGGAGAAGCUGGCGCAUCGACUGAGGGUGCCAAGCCUGCAGGCCCUACCAGACGAGGUCUUUCUCGCAUGGGAACCGCCCUGAGUAUAACUGGACGCAAGGCCGAGGAAACAGAGCAAGGUGCCUCCAACGCCAGGGACGAGAAGAGGAGAAAGAAGGCCGAGCAAGAGGCUGAGGAUGAUGAGCGCUUGCGCUUCUCAGUUGCUGGUGGUCAGAGAAUGAGUAAAGCAGAGUUUGUUAGACAGAUUUCGAGCCUCAACGCCAAGCAGCGUGCCUCGCUCGUUGAGGAGAGCGAUCUUCCCGAAGCCAUCAAGAGGGAGGCAAGAGAAGGCGCCAAGAAGGGCCAGGAGGAUUCAAUUCCUCACCGCCUAGAGUCGCUGCCCGCGAACAGACCUGUCAGAUUGCCCAGUAGAGAUACCGAGACAAACCUCAAAGGAGAAUCUCCUGCAGAGAACGGUCAAUCUGGCUUGACCGACAACGCCAAGGUCAAGAGAAUGCCGAGUCACGCAGACGCCCCCUCUGGACCCGAAGGGCUGACUCUGGUCGACUCUAACGACGAAGUCGUACCCUUCCACGAUGUGACUGGUGAUCUCCGCAGAUCAAGCGGAGCCGGCGAGACACCAGCCGAGAAACGACGCAGAGAAGCACGAGAGCGCGCUGAACAAUCACGUCAGGACACUAUCGAGGAGGACAGCGAAGAUGAUGGCACUGCCAGAGUCCCACCCUCUGGAGCAAUCGCAGGAGGUGUCGAUGACGACCCAAAUGCUGAUUACUUCAGUCGCGCCCGAGACGUUCGCAUGGCGAGUGGCAGUGCACGACCUCGCAAGUCCCGCCUGGACUCAGACACUGAAGGCGAGACGGCCGCAGAGCGCAGACGCAGAGAAGGCGCUUUAGGAAUCACACAAGAGGACGAAAGCGACAGCGAGGACGAAGACAAUGCGCCUCGCCAACCGCCAACCAACAUCAGGUUCGCCGAGCCGCAGAAACCUCAAGAAGCCGCUACCUCUUCCUCUGGUCACACCAGUCGCCUGCGCUGGGGUAAGAACAGAAAAGGAUAA